AUGUCUAACUCAAAUAAAAUUGAUUCGAUUAUUGCAAAUGAAUUCUAAUGUAAUUUCUUCGAUAAAUUAACUUAUGAAGAAUUGAAAUCUGAUCUUUAAAAAUUCGUAUGUUUUAUCAAAUAUUUGUUGUAGAUACAGCUAAUUCAUAAAUAGUACUAAAAUAGAGAUGACUUCUAUGAAGCUUAUCAGAUUUAUGUGAUUGGAAGAGAAAAAUUAGUGUGCAUAUAAGGUUUUGAUAAAGUAAGAACAUUCUUAAAUAUUCUUAUAAGGAACAACUUACUGAUUUAAUCAAUGAUCUUGACACCAAUGAAUAAAUGAUCAAAUUUUUUGAUUUCUAUAGGGACUGUAAGUAUUUUGGUUAGUGAAUGCGCUUUAGAACACUUUCCACCACGACCAUAAUAAUUGAAGAAUUUUUAAACACACACUGAGAGAGAAAAAAGAAAAUAAUAAGAAUUACUAACUCCCUAAAUUCUUAAUAGUUAAACUAAUAUAGUAUUUUCGGCCCAAGAAACUAAUAUUUUAUAAAUUGAAAAUCAAUAAAUUCUUUCAGAGAUUCAAUUUGUUCCCUCUUGCCAAGAACUGUAUAAUAUUGUAUUAAAUUAUGAUAAUGACUCCAAAUUGGAUAAAGUAUUGUUCUUACAUAUUCUAGGCAUAUUAAACUAUAUAAUAAAUAGAUAGAAGUUAACUCUCUUAAGAUUAGAUAAUCAAAUUAUCUGUAAUAGAGAGUUCAUAUGAAUUUAUGAUGAAAAAUUUAAUAGAACUGGAUUCAAGUGGAUGGACAUUGGAUAAAAAAAGUCAUGGAAUUAGUAUUUCUUAUAAAUUUCCACCUAAAUCAUCUACAGUCUCUUUAUUAAUGGAAGCAGAAAUAGAAGCAGAUUGUGCUAAGCUCAUGUCAUUGAUUACAGAAGUGGAAUUAUUUUCAGAAUAUGUUCCUUUUUGUAAUCAUGCAACAACAAUAAAAACAAUAUCAAAGACAAAGAAGGUUUGUCUGAGUUAAUUAUAUUUUCCAGUUAUUUCUAAUAGAGAGACAAUAUUUUUAGGAUAAGGUAUAGAUAGAUUAGAAGAAAAUGGAACUAUUUUGUUCUUAUGUAAAUCAAUCGAUUAAGAUCAAUAAUUUCUAGAUUACUAUAAUUUAUAACUUAAUAAAUCAAAGAAUGUAAGAUUGCAAUUAAAUUAUUACAUCUUUUAAAUAACUCCAAUCAAUAAAACAAGAUGUAAAAUUAAAGCUGUCAAUAAUUCUAAUCCAUAAUUGUCUUUUGUACCAACAUGGUUAGUAGCAUUAAUUGCAAGAAAAGUAUUUUUAUAUAUUUUUAAUUAGUUCGCUUUUUAACUUAUUGAGAAAAUUGUGAAAUACACUAAAAGUUUUGAGAAAUAUCCUUGGUAUAAGAAAACAUAAGAAAAUCCAGAAUUUUAUUAAUGGCUGUAGAAUAAAAUUGACAACUAUUUUGCUUGA